AUGGCUACUGGGUUCCCUGCGGGGCCUGCUGCUGGGGGCCUCCUCGUGCUGCAGCAGCAACUCGACAGCAGCGGGGGGCCCCCCGGGAUUCGGAAGAAGCGGAAGCACCCGUCCUCUCCAGCAGCAGCAGCAGCUGCUGCUGCAGCUGCUGCAGCAGCAGCAGCAGCUGCUGCUGCUGCAGACUGCCGCCGCUGGCAAGCGGAGACUGUCAAGGGUUUGGGGUCUGCCAGCAGCAACAGGCAAUUCACAAAAACAGUGGGGCUGCCUGCUGCUGCUGUUGCAGCAGCAAGAGCUGCAGCAGCAGCAGCAACGGGACGGGGCGAGAGGCUUCCGUUGCUGCCCCCAGCAGCAGCAGCAGCAGCAGCAGCGCCGGAGGCCCAGAGCGAGAAUGUGCUGCUGCUUCCUGCAGCCGCAGCAGCAGGAGCAGCAGCUGGGGAGACGCAGCAGGCAGCUCCGGGGAGACUGCGCACUGCAGCAGCAGCAGCAGCAGGAGCAGCAGCAGCGCCCCCAGCAGCAGCAGCGGCACCGCCGGCAGCAGUAGCUGCAGCAAGGACUACGCACACUGAAGAAGGCGCAGCAGCAGCAGCAGCUGCUGCUGCUGCAGCAUACAGUGAAGGCAGUAUUACAGCCGCAGCUGCUGCAGCCGCCGCAGCAGCGGCGGCCGCAGGAGCAGCGGCAGCAGAAGCAGCAGCAGCAGGAACGGUAGCAGCAAAAGCAGCCGCAGCGGAGGCAGCAGCAGCAGACGGAUCCGGCGGAGCAGCAGGAUCAGCGCCUGCCACAGCGCGGCUGGCCGUGACUGCAGCAGCAGCAGCAGCAGCAGCAGAAGCAGCAGCAGCAACAGCAAAGACAGGGGCCACAGCAGCGCCCCCCAGCGACAACUUGGGGCCUUUGUGCGCUCUGGAGCAGGCGCCGGCGCAGCAGCCGCAGCAGCAGCAGCAGCAGCGGCAGCAGCAGCAGAAGCAGCAGCAGCAGCAGCACUGGCUGCUGCUGUCGCUGCGGUCCGCCCUCAGCUGUGCUGCAGCAGAAGAGGGAACAGCACAAGCUGUGGGGCGGCGGCCAGAAGCAGCAGGAAGGGGCUGGGCUUGGGGCUGGCGAGGUCCUGCUGCUGCUGGUUGCUGCUGCGGUGCUGCUGCUCCUUGCUGCUACCCGCGGGUCCCUGCGCUGUCUUGCGGCCACUGCUUGCGCAGCAGCAGCAGAGCCGCCAGCAGCAGCAGCAGCAGCAGCAGCAGCAGCAGCAGCAGCAGGCCGGUCCAGCCUGCUGCGGAGGAGACGCUGCGAGCAGCAGCCUCCUCGUUUUGCUGCUGCCGGAGCGGCGAUGCAGCAGCAGCAGCAGCAGCAGCAGCAGCGGCAGCGGCGGCCGGGCGGGCCACAGCUACAGCAGCAGCAACUGCGGCCUCUGCUGCAGCAGCAGCAGCAGCUGCUGCUGCUGCUGACGUCGAUGAGGGGGCCCCGCCCUUCUUCCUGCAGGGGCCUCUUGAGAGAGAGAAGACCCCCAGGGCAGAAGAGGCUGUGUUGCCUCUCAGCCAGCAGCAGCAGCAGCAGCAACAGCAACAGCAACAGCAGCAGCAGCAACAGCAGCAGCAGCAACAGCAGCAGCAGCAGCAGCAGAAGCAGCCGCCGUCUGCGCUGCUUGCGUCGCCCGCGCCGCAGCCGCAGCAGCAGCUGCCGCCACAGCAGCAGCAGCAGCAGCAGCAACUGCUGCUUCCCUACUGUGGGUCCAGUGACCCACAGAAGCAGCAGCAAGCAGCAGCAAGCAGCAGCUACACUUUUUUGGGGCCCCUUCCCCCCCCUCUUUGCGGGGCCCCCUGGGUCCCGUUUGAACUGGACGCUGUGCAGCAGCAGCAGCAGCAGCAGCAGCAGCAGCGUUUGCAGCAGCAGCAGCAGCAGCAGCGGCAGCUGCCGGUUUUGCCCAAGUGGGAGGAGGAGCAUCCUCUGCAGCGGCAGCAGAAUGUGUGGGGUAGGAAUAUGGGGAGCCCAGUAGCAGCCGCAGCAGCCGCGGCAGCAGCAGCAGCGACAGCAGCAGCGGCGACGGCAGCAGCAGCGGCAGCAGCAGCAGGAAGUGAGUGCGCGGCGCCGCUAGCGCUGCAGCAGCAGCCGUCGCCUUGGCAGCUGGGUCGUGCUGUGCUGCACUGCAGCAGCAACAGCAGCAGCAGCAGCAGCAGCAGCAGCACGGGGGAAGCAGCAGACAUCUCGGAAGGAUUUGAGGUACAGCAGGUGCAGCCGCAGGAGCACCAGCACCAGCCGCAGCAGCAGCAGCAGCAGCAGCAGCAGCCGCAGCCGCAGCCGCAGCAGCAGGCGCAGCUGCGGCUGGAGCGGCGUCUUGGACAUCAGCUGGAGCAGCAGCAGCAGCAGCUACAUCAGCAGCAGUUGCAUCAGCAGCUGCAGCAGCAGCAGCUGCAGCAGCUGCAGCAGCAGCUGCAGCAGACGAAGAUGGACGGGCAUCCCUGGGCGUUUAUGCCGGGUGCGGAGUCUUCGCCUUGUGCUGCUGAGGGCGCCUCAAUGGUCCCCAACGGGGCAGCAGCAGCAGCAGCAGCAGCAGCAGCAGCAGCAGCAGCAGGGGCAGCAGGAGCAGCAGGAGUUCCAGCUGCUGUUGCGGGGAGCCGCGCGCCUGCUGCUCGACGCAGGCCGUGCGUGCGAGCGUACAGGAGCAGCAGCAGCAGGGACAGCAGCAGCGGGAGCAGCAGCAGCCGGAGCAGCAGCAGCAGCAGCAGCGGCGGCGGCCGAGUUCCUGCUUCAAAGCAGCAGCAGCAGCAGCAGCAGCAUCCCUCCCACCUCGGGCGUCUCGUAUUCCCGCAGCGUGGGCUGCAUCAGCAGCAGCAGCAGCAGCAGCAGCAGCAGCAGCAGCAGCAGCAGCAGGGGGUGUUGGAGGAUAUGCGCGGUUCUCCGCGCAGCAGCAAGCGGAACAGAGGCGGCGGCGGCGAGUUGCUGCUUCCCGCGUCUUGGGCGAACCACCAGCGCAAAACAAAAGCAGCAGCAGCAGCAGGAGAUGGCAGCGACCCUGCUGCUGCUGCUGCUUGUGGCGGCGAGCCAGCAGCAGCAGCAGCAGCAGCAGCAGCAGGAGUUGAAGCUGCUGCUGCUUCGUCAGCAGCAGCGUCGACCGCCUCCUCCGCCUGCUCGCUGGCCACAACCGCCGCCACCGCAGCACCCGGCGCUUCCUCCUCUCCCCCCCCCACCCCCCACUUAACACCCUCCACC